AUGUCCGCCAACUCGAGCAUGAUCUCCGAAGUUAGACUACCACCGCAGAGUUUGAGGUUUCAGACAACGACAUUUAAGCCACUAUCGUUGUCGUCACUCCCAGACGAAAUCAUAGAGCACAUAUUUGCUCGUAUCCCGAGAUGGGCUUACCCUAAUCUUUCUCUCGUAUGCAAGAGGUUCCUCUCUCUGAUCUCUUCUCCCCAACUCUAGAAGACGCGUUUUAACCUCGGAACCACCGAACCAUGCCUUUAUUUCUGCGUCGAACCGCUUGAUAACGAUACAUCUCUCCAGUGGUUCACUCUUUUAAUGAAACCACAAGAAACACGUAACGGAGAGACUUUAAAUGACUACUCCUUGAUUCCGGUACCUUCUUAUCCCCGUUCUUUACGUAUACCAUCUAAAUCCACCGUAGCGGUUGGUUCGGAUAUCUACGUAAUCGGUGGAUGCAACCAUGAGCAGUCUUCCUCUGUCCGGAUCCUUGAUUGUCAGAGUCACACGUGGCGUGACGGGCCUAACAUGACGGUAGCUCGAUCGGGGGCAAGUGCUGUUUACCUCGAUGAGAAAAUAUAUGUCAUGAAUGUUUAUUGGGAGAUUGAAGAGACUGACAAUUGGUUUGAGGUAUUCGAUAUAAAGACUCAGACUUGGAGAGUUUUGCACUACAAGAAAUUGCCAAAUCUUAGUUUAGAUUAUGAGUUAUGCAGAUAUAUUGCGGUCAACCCCGAUGCUUUUGAAGGCAAGCUUUACGCAGCUACAGGUAAAAAUGACUACACUUAUGAACCCAAAGAUGUUUUUGCUACUGAGGGUAGAGUGUGGAGAGAGAUCAAGGGUUUGGAAGGACUUUGUUCACGGGCGGGACAGAUUCUUAACUAUGGUGGGAAACUUGUAGUUAUGUGGAUGGAGCGGCCUAACGGACAUAGUGAAAACGGGAAAGCUAAAAUUUGGUGCGCUAAGAUUGCGUUAGAGAAGCGCCAUAAAGAUGAGAUUUGGGGUAAGACGGAGUGGCUUAAUACUCUGUUUGAGACCACCAAGUCAUCAUAUUACUCCUUUCCUUGUGUAGCCGUUUCUAUUUGA